AUGGGGCUGUUUGAUCGAGGUGUUCAAAUGCUUUUAACCACCGUUGGUGCUUUCGCUGCCUUCAGCUUGAUGACCAUCGCUGUGGGAACCGACUAUUGGCUGUACUCCAGAGGGGUUUGCAAGACCAAAAGUGUCAGUGAGAACGAAACCAGCAAAAAGAACGAGGAAGUCAUGACCCAUUCCGGAUUAUGGAGAACCUGCUGCCUCGAAGGGAACUUCAAAGGUCUGUGCAAGCAAAUCGACCACUUUCCAGAGGACGCAGACUACGAAGCGGACACCGCAGAGUACUUCCUCCGGGCCGUGAGGGCCUCGAGUAUCUUCCCGAUCCUGAGCGUGAUCCUGCUCUUCAUGGGUGGCCUCUGCAUCGCAGCAAGCGAGUUUUACAAGACGCGCCACAACAUCAUCCUGAGCGCUGGCAUCUUCUUCGUGUCUGCAGGUCUGAGUAACAUCAUCGGGAUCAUCGUGUAUAUAUCAGCCAAUGCUGGAGACCCUUCCAAGAGUGAUUCCAAAAAGAACAGCUACUCCUACGGCUGGUCCUUCUACUUCGGGGCCCUGUCCUUCAUCAUCGCCGAGAUGGUCGGGGUGCUGGCCGUGCACAUGUUUAUCGACCGCCACAAACAGCUGCGGGCCACGGCCCGUGCCACCGACUACCUCCAGGCCUCUGCCAUCACCCGCAUCCCUAGCUACCGCUACCGCUACCAGCGCCGCAGCCGCUCCAGCUCGCGCUCCACCGAGCCCUCUCACUCCAGGGACGCCUCGCCCGUGGGCGUGAAGGGCUUCAACACCCUGCCGUCCACGGAGAUCUCCAUGUACACCCUCAGUAGGGACCCCCUGAAGGCUGCCACCACACCCACCGCCACCUACAACUCGGACAGGGAUAACAGCUUUCUCCAGGUCCACAACUGUAUCCAGAAGGACAGCAAGGACUCUCUCCACGCCAACACAGCCAACCGCCGGACCACGCCCGUAUGA